UCUGUUUGCAGCUCCCUCUAGGACACAUCAUUGGCCACUUGUCACACAUUACCGUCCAUGUGCAUGAUGUGUGCGGCUGUGACAUGCCGGGAACACAACAGGCGCGCACAUGGCUCCUGGUUCCUGUAGGGGCAGUAGCAGCCGGCCUCAGCAGCACUGCAGCCUCCCCUCCCUCCGGAAUCCUCCCCUCCUCCCCCCCGCACCUCGGGCCUAGCACAGAGCACAGUGGCCCCGGUUACUUCCUACAGGGAAAUCCCAGUCUAAUAUCACAAAUAGGAAAGGCAGUAGCGCCUCUCUCGCAAUGAACAUCUUCAGGUUCCUGGGAGAUAUCUCCCAUCUGUUCGCCAUCAACAUUUUGCUACUGAAGAUCUGGAAAUCCAGGUCCUGUGCCGGUAUCUCUGGGAAGAGUCAGAUCCUCUUUGCAGUUGUAUUCACCUCUCGGUACCUAGACCUGUUCACAAACUUUAUCUCCGUCUACAAUAGCUCCAUGAAGAUUGUCUACGUUGCAAGUUCUUAUGCCACAGUCUGGAUGAUCUACAGCAAAUUCAAAGCUACUUAUGAUGGGAACCAUGACACCUUCCGCGUGGAGUUUCUUAUUGUCCCUACAGCUAUUUUGGCUUUUCUAGUCAACCAUGAUUUCACUCCUCUAGAGAUUUUGUGGACAUUUUCCAUUUACCUGGAGUCUGUUGCAAUUUUGCCACAACUGUUUAUGGUCAGUAAGACUGGGGAAGCGGAGACCAUUACCAGCCACUACCUCUUUGCUUUGGGAAUCUACCGUACCCUCUAUCUUUUCAACUGGAUCUGGCGCUAUCAGUAUGAGGGAUUCUUUGAUCUUAUUGCAAUUGUAGCUGGGCUCGUACAGACCAUCUUAUAUUGCGACUUCUUUUAUCUAUAUAUUACCAAAGUUCUAAAGGGGAAGAAGCUCAGUUUACCAGCAUAAAGGAUAUACAGCAGGCACUGCCCUUUCAGUUUCCGCAGAGCAAAGACAGAUUAAGAAGGGAAAAUGAUGAUAUAUAUCAGUUGAGAUACAAACUUUUAGGGCGGUAUGACCCAAAAACGGAACAGGAGCUGCUUUCCAAUUUACACUACUCUUCAAGAGAUGCAAAGGAAAAGAGACUUCCAAAAGAAGAGUAUUACUAUCAAGCUGACUUGAUAUUUUCUUACAGAGACUGUUCUCCAUUAUGUCAGCUAUUUAUAGUUUGAGCCUUAAAAAAUAUAUUACUAAAACACUUUCAAUGUACAAUUCUUUUUCUCUACAGUAUAUCUGUUUUCUAAUUAUCUUUUGUUUCCUAUUUUACAAAAUCCCUAGUCUUUUUUUUUUCCUGGAGUUGUCCGGAUUUGAAAACCACAAAUUUAUGUAACCUAAGUUUUUUUUGGGGGGGUUUUCUUCACUUUUUUGGGGGGUAAUAAUAAUUUAAGCUUUCUUAGCCAGUGUAGUUGGCCCUAUUCUUUGAUAACCGAUUGAGAAGAAUAGUUACUUCUUAGCCUUUAUUCAAAUUACAGGGUUUUUUUUUGGUUUUUUUUUAAAGGAGGAAAGGAGAAAAUAAAUCUGUAUAUAGUUCUCUUGGCAAAUAUUGUGUAUUUUUGAAGAGAUGACACACAAAUUGAAAUUUUGAGAGAUUUGACUCCAGUCUUUCUAUGCAAUACUAAUUUUUUAUAUUCAUUAAAAGAUGUUGAAUGUCACAAACAUUCUCUUAAUUGUUCUCUGUAGAUGAUCACCGCUUUAACCAUCAGGUAUUUGUUGAAACCUACAGUACAGUAAUUCUAAGAGUUAAUUCAUACCAACAACUGAUUUUUUGGGAUGGUGUAGGGGAAACUGUGUGUAUUAUUCUUAAACCUUAUUGGGCUGCUUCUAUAGAGAUGUUAAUGCUAUUCUUUCAAAGUAAUAUGUUGCCAUUCUCGGGCAAAUUAGGAGACCUAAUUAAAAUAAAUAAACAUGGAAAAUAUGGGUUGGGUAUGAAAUGUCAGCGAUCGGGAUGCCGGCGGUCACAUGACUGACCGCAGCAUCCCAACAGUGAGAAUCCCAACUUCGGACAGGGUAAGUAUUUUACCCUUCUCCUACCCUAACCCUUCGGUGGAGUCGGCUAGGGCUAACCCUCCAGGUCUGUUGGCUAUGGCUAACUCUCUGGGGGUGUCGGCUACGGCUAAAUACCCCCCACAUCCCCUAACCCCCCUCUAGUGCCUAACUUACUCUCCCCAGGCCCUAACCCUAAUCCCCCACCCCGAUACAGGUUGAGUAUCCCAUAUCCAAAUAUUCCGAAAUACGGAAUAUUCCGAAAUACGGACUGUUUUGAGUGAGAGUGAGAUAGUGAAACCUUUGUUUUUUGAUGGCUCAAUGUACACAAACUUUGUUUAAUACACACAGUUAUUAAAAAUAUUGUAUUAAAUGACCUUCAGGCUGUGGGUAUAAGGUGUAUAUGAAACAUAAAUGAAUUGUGUGAAUGUAGACACACUUUGUUCAAUGCACAAAGUUACAAAAAAUAUUGGCUAAAAUUACAUUCCGGCUGUGUGUAUAAGGUGUAUAUGUAACAUAAAUGCAUCCUGUGCUUAGAUUUAGGUCCCAUCACCAUGAUAUCUCAUUAUGGGAUGCAAUUAUUCCAAAAUACGGAAAAAUCCGAUAUCCAAAAUACCUCUGGUCCCAAGCAUGUUGGAUAAGGGAUACUCAACCUGUACUCACUUUCAGGAUGUCAGCUGUCAGUGUCCUGGGGGGCGUCCAGAUGCGAAACGCAUGCCGGAAAACAUGACUCAGAGUAAAAGAUGGUAAAGUGUCCCACAAUGGCACAUUUGAAAUUGUAGAGUGUAGGUAGAGAAUUGCUAUGGAUGACUAAAUUCCCCUCCAGUAGCUGCAGUAAAGUAUUUAGAGUUAAAAUGCAAAAACACAGCCGCAUCUAUCAAUAGCUUUAUUAUACAAUGUGCCCAUAAUUAAAGUUUCCAUAUUCAGAUCUGUCUGUAGCUUUAGCUAACAGAAGGAAUGCCACCAAGUUUAGUAAACAUACUAUUCAAUGCAUGGCAAAGAAAGAUUUUGUGAAAAACAAAAAUUCAAUUGUAAAAUCUGCCGAGAGCAGAAAAUUAGCAUACAUUUACAUUUUAUUUGUGACCUGUGAGUUUGGAGAUAUGAGAGAAAUCCUCUGGCACAUUAGUUUUGCUUUUUUUUCAGUUUUUGCAAAGACGAAAAAUAAAAAUAUGACAUGUUCGGUUUCUCUUAUUCACUAGUUGGUAACAUUUCAUGUAUUUUGCCUAGUAUGAUUUCCCCUAUUGGUUGAUUUUGGGACUAAAUAUGCCUUAAAUUGUAUACUUACUUAAUUUGGUGACAUUUUGCCUAUUAUGGUUAGAACAACAGAUAGCUCUUAAUAGGUAAACUUCAAUUAUGGCCACAUUGUGUGUACACAUUGAUACAAGUGGGCAGAGCCAUAGUAAAAUGGUUCAGCACUGACUUUUCUAAAGGUGCUCACACACGGCACAAUGUUUUAAAUGAUGUGGGCGUUUCUGCCCUUUCAGAACGACACAUAAUUUAAAAAGUGCUGUGUGUGGGGCAUGAUAACGACGCCAUUGUGCGCGCCUGUGGGUCAUUUGUUGUCCUCAGAUCCCUACAACUUGCAGAAGGAUCUGAGGAGAUGGCGAACGUUGCCAGCAGCAUGGUCCCGCAGACCCCCCGCCUGCCAUCACUCGUUGCUGCCGAUGCCAGCACCCCACCAGGUCCCGUCACUAGCGAUGUGUCCCUGUAGGACAUCCCUCCAUGUGUGGAGCCCAUAACCAACGAUUUUGCAUUGCUCUGGUAAUGCUUGAAUCAAUGAUUCAUUUAAUUUUAUAUAUAAUAUUUAAACAAAAGUAUAUCACUCCUGAUGAAGACACUGGUUUCAUAUACAGUGGAUCUGAUAAAACGUGUUCAGUGGACGUUUCCUGUUUGAAUAAGUUGGUUUCAGAUUGCCUCAUUUGAAUAUCAGAUAAGCACUCUUAUUGUUUUUAAUUUUGUACGUGCAUUUCAUAUCCUUCAGUGGAUUUAAGCUCAUGUAUGAAAUGGUAUUACGCUUUGUUUUUAUAUUUCUGGUUUACUGAUUCUCUGGUUGUUAAAAUUAAAAUGGAUGUAUCCAACUA